UCCCAGCUCUUGGAUACAGUGGACGACGCCAUGGGUUUCGGAGACCUGAAAAGCCCUGCUAGCCUCCAGGUGCUCAACGACUACCUGGCAGACAAGAGCUACAUCAAGGGGUAUGUGCCAUCACAAGCACAUGUGGCAGUAUUUGAAGCAGCUUCCAGCCCACCGCCUGCUGACUUGUGUCAUGCCCUACAUUGUUAUAAUCAGAUCAAGUCUUAUGAAAAGGAAAAGGCCAGACUGCCAGGAGUGAAGAAAGCUGUGGGCAGGUAUGGUCCUGCUAAUGUGGAAGACACUACAGGAAGUGGAGCUACAGAUAGUAAAGAUGAUGAUGAAACUGAUCUCCUUGGAUCUGAUGAGGAGGAAAGUGAAGAAGCAAAGAGGCUAAGGUAAGAAUGCCUUGUACAGUAUGAUCAAAGAAAGCCAAAAAAACCUGCACUUAAGCAAGUAUUAAGACUAAGAGGCUUGUGGUCCGGUCUUUCAGGAUGGGAUGGUUUUCCCAACCCUGGUGGGAAGGAAACUCUCAUGUUUGCUGAAAAAAUUCCAAAGGAGGAAGGCUGCCUGACAGCUCCCUGUUCAGUUCCUACUGUUAUGGCUUUGUUUGAUGAUGAUGAUGAUGAAGAUGAUGAUAAUGAUGAUGGUUAUGAUGAUAGCAAGCAUUUUCGUGCAAGCUUAGAAAAAACGCCAGGCCGUUUUGUACCAGUUAGAAAAAACUCCCCUUCCACAGCUCUCCUAAACAUGGUUAAGACUGCAUUUCAGAGCCCUAAGGAGGCACAGUGUGGGCCCAAGUGUACUGUGGGGAAAAGGAAGGAGCGGUGCUGGGAAUCAGGCCACCAGGGUUGGACUCUUCCUUGCUGUGAUGUGGGGUAA